CGUGCCAGCAGUUUAUUUGGAUGUUACUUCGUUUCUACCUCUGAUCAACCGAUGCGGAUCAGAAAGCACUAUAAGCUGAUCAAUGGUAGUAAUAUUCAACGAAAUCGUUUGAUCUGUUUUAUUAGAUCUUUCUAUCUCUGAAGAAAGUAAUAUUGUGAGAAGAAAUCAACGUUUUUACAGUCACUCGGUGCUUGAAGAAACGUGAACAUCGCACGUGGACGGAAUCGCUUUUCUUUUCAUUCAUUGGAACAACGUAAGCUUACCACUACGACAUCAAUUAAACGGAAAAAUGGUAGAAGGGGCAACAUCUACAAUGAACGUUGAUCUCAAUAUUAUAAAGCGGAUGUGUAAAGAUUUCACGGCUGGUGCUGUGGGCGGGACGGCCUGUGUUUUAGUAGGACAACCCUUUGACACUAUCAAAGUGAAAAUGCAGACUUUUCCAUCACUUUUCAAAACAGCAUUUGACUGUGGCGUUAAAACAAUGAAACAAGAGGGAAUCAGAGGCCUCUACGCUGGUACUAUUCCGUCUUUGGUGGCCAACAUUGCAGAAAACUCUGUACUGUUCUUGUUUUAUGGCCAGUGCUUAUCUGUAGUGAAAAAGAUAGUGGGUAAACAGGAUGAAAAAGAACUAGGCGUGCUUCACCGAGCUGUUGCAGGGAGUGGGGCUGCGGUGUUCUCAUCCUUUGUUCUAUGUCCCACAGAAUUAGUUAAGUGUAAGCUUCAAGCUCAACAUCAAAUGAAUGUCCUGGCUGGAAAAACCGGAGUCAAGAGGUAAUUUUUUUAUGAAUAAAUCUGAGAGUCGGGUCACGUUGUUUAGCAUGGUUGUCAUGUUGACACCCAUGAGGGGCAGGGUACUUGUGUAACUGCAGCAGGUUAGCUCAGUUGGUAGAGCGCUUGCCUGCAGAGCGGGAGGUCGCGGGUUCGAAUCUCACGACUGGACCAAUACUCAGCGUUUAAAAAUGACUGAGAAAUGAAGGUACUGCCUUUGCCCUGCAAAUGGCUAGACCUUCGCGUGGCUCGGAUGACCAUGUAUAAUGGGGGUCCUGUCUCCAAUAAGAAACGUAAAAAUCGGAUAGUGUCCCCAAUUAGUGCUUUCGAGCUAAAUACAUUAACAAUCAAAAAUAGUGGAUUGUGUGUGCGUCAGUUUUGAGUUUGGACCCUGAUUUUUUAAAAAAUUCAUUCAAACAGAUACGCCAUUCAUAGCCUGCAGAAGAGGCAUUUUUCAGGCAAACGAAUUAUGCACAUGCACAAUGGGAUAAGACACGGAAAAAAAUAAUGCCUGUCCAUACCCCAUUGUUUCCUCCCCCAGUCACACAUGCUAAUGAGCAAUGAGUCAGUAUUUUUUUCUGUGUCUUCCUCUGUCACACAUGUCUCACACUGUAUGCGUGUUUCAUGCUUAUCUUUGCUCGACAGAAAAAUGUAAAAAAUGAUGCCUGCUCUGCAGGCUACCCAUUCAAUACACUGUGAUAGAGCACUAGUCAUUUGAAAGUUUCUCUACAAAGUUUAAUACCCCAUCCAAAAACUGGACAGGACAGCUGGAAAUCAACCUCAGUGGUUAAAAUGUUGACUGAGGAGAAGUUGUUCCAACAAUACUUGAAUAUGGAGCAUUUUCACUCAUGUGGUCAGUGGCUAUGUAAAUUUACCGGAACAAAAGAAAGUGUUUACACUGGAAAGGAGUUCAAUUCUCAGUGGUUGGGAUACCCACAUGCCAGGCGUGAUGUCAUGUGAAAACGGUCUAUCUCUGGUGAAAAUGUUUUGAGGAUCUUUGAAGAUCCUUGAAGAUCUGCAUGAAGAUCCUUUUUAUAGUGCAGAUCUUUGAGGAUCUUUAUUAAAAUUCCUCAAAGAUCUUCAGAAUUCUUGCCAAGAUCCUCAAGGUUCUCAUAAAGGUCUUUGAGGGUCCUUGAAGGUCUUUGCAAGUACCUUGAAGAUUUUUGUAGGAAUCUUUCAGAUCUUUGUCCAAUCUUUUAAGAUCUUUGGCAAGAUCCUCACAGAUCUUUCACAUAUCCUCACAACUCUUUGCAAGAUCCUAGGGGAUCUUUUCAGAUCCUCACAGAUCUUUGUCAUAUUACCCUCACAAAUCUUUGUAAGAUCCUCACAAAUCUUUGCCAGUUCCUCACAUAUCUAUGUAUGGAAAUUUUUUCAUGGCUGAAUUAUGGCAGUAUAAAUGGAUUAAAUUAAGAAAUCAGUCUCGAUUUGAGUUCAUGGGAGUAGAUUACAUUUGAAUUUGCCACUUUAAGGCAAUUUGCCGUGAAUGAUUGUAUUGCGUCUUAGUGUAAAUUCAAAACAUAAGGACAAGAAAUUCUAGUAAGGUCUGAGGCAUGUCUUAAGAGCUCAUUCGUCCCUAUUUGACUCUCCUUCCAGUGGUGUUAUGCAAGUGACAAUGCAAAUUAUCCAUCAAGAUGGCUUUCCAGGUCUCUUCCGUGGAAUGGUCCCUACACUUAUCAGGGAAGUACCAGGAUAUUUCUUCUUCUUUGGAGGUUACGAGUUAAGCCGGUAUCUUCUUACUCCAAAAGGAAAAACUGUUGACGAGAUUGGUGAGUAUUUAUCACUUGUAUAUACCUGAGUGUCACAAACAUAUUUACAAGUAUGUGUGUCAAGUUUUUAGUUGAUAGGGUAACAGUAAUAAAUUGGACAUCAUAAAAUGGUUCAAAAGCCGCCACCUUGUUUGAGUUCUGUUUGUUUUUUGCACUGCAUUACAAGUAAUAGUUUAUAAUGGUGGUAUACCACACCCUACCCUGCCAGCAGAGGCCCUUCGAUCUUCUGCCUCUGCUCGCAGGGUAACUACAAACCAGGGGGACAACUUCCCUAUAAAAGUGACAAGGGUUUUCAACAGAAGUUUCAAUCCCCCAACCCCACUUUCCUCAAAAUCUCAUUUUAUUGGUGUGACCCUCAUGAGGUCCAUUCAAUUCCAAAACAACAAAAUAAUUAGCUGGCAUUAACCACUGACCACGUCGCAAUAUAGAAGAUUCAAAUAGCAAAUAGCUCCCAUCAUAAUUUUAGUGAGUGCUUUGUUCAGGAUGCAAAGUAAUGUUUAUUUCUUUUACAGGUGCCUUGAGACUAACUAUCUGUGGUGGUAUGGCUGGUAUUUCUCUCUGGAUUGUUAUUUUUCCAGCAGAUGUGAUCAAGUCUCGUAUUCAGGUAUAUUACAUGAUUACAUAGAGGAUAUUACACGAUGGCGCGAAGAUAUGAAUUUUAUUUUCGAGUGGCAAAACAAUAUUUUACGAACGAGCGCAGCGAGUGAAUAAAAUAUUGUUUUUGCCACAAGAAAAUAAAAUUCAUAUCUUCAAACCGUCUUGUAAUGUCCUUUUUAUUAUAUAGACAAAAAGACAUCGAGAAAAUAAGAGAGGGAAAUGACCGAAAUUACGUCAUCGAUAAACUCACGUGUAAGAUUAUGGAAAAUAAAUCACUCAGGUCCCAGAUGUAGUUUCUAUGUAUUUUACGAGUGGUAUAUUUUCCAGUAAAACACUCGUGUCUAUAUAAUAAAAUGAGUUGUUUCCUGUAGUGUAUUGCAUGAUGUCAUGUGCAAGUACAUAUUAUCAGUUGCAUAUUAUGGGAAAUAAAGUUGAGUUGAGCAAAUGGCUGUCCGUUAGAAGUUGCUUGUUUUCUUUGUUGUAUUGCUCCUGCCAUUAACACUCUUCAUUUCCAAACAUUCUAUUACCUGCAGUAACUGGAUUCUUGAGGUGCUCACAAAUGAGAGUUUUGACUGUAUUGAAUUUCUUUCGUCUAUAAUAUCAAUACUUAAAAUAAUGCUAAAGGAAUUAGUUUUAAGAUAGAACAGAUGCACAUUUUGAUAGAUUUUCUUUUCUCCAGGUAUUAACUCACGGAUCUGACAAGGCGCCUGGAUUCUUUGAGACAAUGUUUAGAAUAAUACGCAAUGAAGGUUGGUCCUAUUCAAUCCAGUGUUGUGUACUAUUUUAUAACUCAAGGUUACAAGUUAUAAUAACAAUCCUGCUCAUGGAACUGAUUGUUCUCCAAGACGACAGCUAAUAUUAAACCACCAAAAUGUCUUUCAAACUUAAAAUAUGUGUUCUAAGUACCCAUGUUGUAAUACGUACCUACCCUGGCCCGGCACAAGGAACCACCACUUAUUAACUAGUUAUCUGACUGAUAUGUAUUCCAUGUGCUUGCAGAGUUAUUUCAUUAAAUGAAUUAACUUUACACACGGACAUGGGAGACACAGAUAACUGAGUGAAGUUAACACAGCCACAACAAAGUCUCUAUUUGUUGAAGUUUUACUAAAAACAUUAUAAGUGCCCUUUUUGACUACGUGCCCAAUUUUUAGUGAAAAUGUGAGGUCAGCACCUUGAUGGUUACUUCAUUAUUUUGACAAAAUAAAUUAGGUACUGUAGUCAUAUGAUUACAGAUAUCCUAAGCUUUUAGGCAGCUUCUGGCGAAGUGCAAUACUGUUUGCUAAAAGUAUCCUUACUUGAAUUUGAGCUUUAAAAUACAUUGCAAGAAUUGGCCAUUUACUAUUGACAGGAAGUCUCUAGUUAGCUGUUUUCCAGAAACAACUGUGUGUUGAAAACAAAACUUAUACCACAAUGAUAAAAUCUUCAAAAGAGUUUAAAAUGAUACCAUAUUCUAGACCCAAACGCUCUGAUUUAUAUACCCUAUCCUAGAGUAAACUCCUUAAAAACCAUACCCUUCACAGCGGCAACCCCCACCCAGGCGUGUAACAACUGUGUGUUGAUCUCUUUAACAGGUCCAAGGGCUUUGUACAAGGGGUUGGGACCAACCUUGGUUCGGUGUUUUCCAGCUUGUGGUGCUCUGUUUGUGGCUUAUGAAGGAACACAGCAACUGUUAGUCAAUGUGUAGAGCACAGUGAUUUAUUUCAUUUUAAUAGAGAGUGGUUAAACACAUAGACCAAAAAGUCACCUUCAAGCAGGUAAUUGAGGUGGUUCUUAUUAGUAAAUAUCCAAGCUUAUGUAAAUUUAUAACUUAGUUAGCAAUAAAUCGUUGUGUACAGAAGUAUGUAAAACUGACAACCAUUUUGUGCCAAUUUUUCUCUUUUGUAUUGGCUAUCCACCAUAAUUAAAGUUAGGGUUCAGUUCUUAAGGUCAACACAUGCAGUCUUUUUCACCUUGAUGGAGGUGUUAAUUCUUUUGGUCAUGUUUUAUAAGCUACAAUCUUGC